GAACUCAAAGGAACGGAUCCGUUAUCGGAUAAAUCCUCAUUAGGAAAGAAGUAGCAUGAAACGUACAGCUGAGCAGGAAAGGAGCAAUCCCUCAAGGAGAAAUUUUAAAGAUGGGGGUUUUAAAGUUUGUGACGUACAUGAUGUUUCUCUUCAAUGUCCUUAUAUUUAUUGGAGGUAUCUGCCUUUUAGGGGUCGGCAUUUGGCUUGUUGCUGAUCCAGAUGGGUUCCAGAAAAUUGUCACAUCGAAUCCAUUACUAAGUGCCGGAGGAUACAUUUUGCUCAUCAUAGGGCUUGCUCUCUCAUUGCUUGGAUUCCUGGGAUGCUUUGGGGCUAUUCGAAAAAAUAAACCCCUACUUUUAUUGUUCUUCGUGCUGGUUUUACUCUUCUUUAUUGUGGAACUUAUUGGAGUUAUUCUUGCACUGAACUACCAAAAAAUGGUCAAGCAAGAACACUUCCUGGCGGAACUGCAAAGAUUUUACAAAGGGGAUAAUGCGUCUGAAGUAUUCAGUCAAUCCUGGAACACCAUCAUGAUUGCACUUUCAUGUUGUGGUGUUUCUGGAUUAAAUGAUUUUGAUAACAGAUCCCAUUUCCAUGACAUUUAUCCUUCCACACCAUGGCCUGAUGCGUGCUGCCGGCGUGAUGAUCCUGUUUCCGGAAAAAUCCUAGAUAGAGAAGAAUGUAUGCACCAUACACAAGGCUUCACCAAUGAUCAGGGUUGCUUUAUGACAAUUGCCAGAGGAUUAAAUAAAUAUAUUUCAAUCUCAGGAGCUAUCUCUUCAGGUGUUCUAGUAACUGAGGUAUUUGCUAUGUUUACUGCAAUUUGUCUUUAUUACAACUUUGAUUAGAGGAGCCAACUUCAUUAAGAAGAAGCAGAAAAUCCUGUUUGAAAAAAAAGGCAGUCUUUUUAUACAGUGAUAUUCCCAGGACUGUGGCCCAGGGAGGGUACAUACCGUACAUAUUUUUUAUUAAACCAUAUAAACUGUAAUGAAUGUCCAGAAGGAGGCAGUGUCGCUAGUGAACAGUUUGAAGCUACCAAAGGACAAAUCCUGGAUUAUGUACAGAUUAGAGGAUAUGUUCUGAAUCUGUACAAUGACUAGUGCAAUUUAAGCAGACACUAUCAUAAAAAAUAAAGUUUGUAU